CUGGUGAAUGAGCAACAAGAAAGCAGACCCCUUCUGAGCCCCUCCAUUGACGACUUUCUCUGUGAAACUAAACCAGAAGCUGUUGCAAGGCCUGUAACCUCCAAUACAGCAGUGUUAUCAACAGCUUUGGAUCUCUUGGAUCUUAGUGAACCUGUGUUACAAACUCAAAACAAAGCAAAGAAAUCAGAGAAUGCAUCAAGAGGUGAAGGCUUAAAAGCUUCAACCCACAGAAAGAAGACAGACAAUUCUGACCCUGUCAAUGCGGAUACUGAGCAGAAAGUCCAGACUGUUAGAGUUUCAGACAAGUCUUCACUAGAUUUAGUUGAUAUUCAGACACAGCUAGAGAAAUGGGAUGAGGUGAAUUUUCAUGGAGACAGGAGCAGCAAGGGUCACCCAUCUACGGAACGGACAUCAUCAUCCAGAGCUCCAUCAAAAGAGCUUUUGUGGUCCACGGAAAACAGAUCACAGUCUGAGCUGACAAAUGUCAAGAGUGCCUUGGAUUCCGAUUCAACAUCAGAUUUAGAACUAGCACCUGCAACACAGGCACGGUCAACUAAAGAGCAGCGUUGGGGAGGGCCUCUCCUCUCCAGAAAUCACUCCUUGGAGGAGGAAUUUGAAAGAGCAAAGGCUGCUGUGGAGUCAGACACAGAAUUUUGGGAUAAGAUGCAAGCAGAAUGGGAAGAAAUGGCUCGCAGGAAUUGGAUUUCAGAGAACCAGGAAACACCAGGGCAAGUCACCAUCUCAACCAUUGAGAAGGGCUAUUAUUUUCAUACUGAAAACCCUUUCAAAGACUGGCCGGGGGCUUUUGAGGAAGGACUGAAAAGGAUGAAGGAAGGCGACCUGCCUGUCACCAUCUUGUACCUGGAGGCUGCUAUCCUGCAGGAGCCCAACGACGCAGAGGCCUGGCAGUUCCUGGGCAUAACGCAGGCGGAGAACGAAAAUGAGCAGGCAGCCAUUGUCGCCCUCCAAAGGUGCUUGGAGUUACAGCCCAACAACCUGAAAGCUCUGAUGGCCCUGGCUGUGAGUUACACUAACACUGGCCAUCAACAAGAGGCCUAUCAAGCUCUGCGAAACUGGAUAAAGCAAAAUCCCAAAUACAAGUAUAUAGUGAAAAGCAAAAAAGGGUCUCCAGCACUUACUAGGAGAAUGUCUAAGACAUCAGAUGAAAGCUCUCUACUUGAAGAAGUAAAGGAUUUGUACCUGGAGGCAGCUCACCAGAAUGGUGAUAUGAUAGACCCUGACUUGCAGACAGGACUCGGAGUCCUUUUCCACCUGAAUGGAGAAUUCAACAGAGCAAUAGAUGCAUUUAGUGCUGCUUUAACUGUUCGGCCAGAGGACUACACAUUAUGGAACCGUCUUGGAGCAACUCUGGCAAAUGGGGACCGAAGUGAGGAAGCUGUUGAGGCCUAUACACGUGCUUUAGAAAUACAACCCGGCUUCAUUAGGUCCAGAUACAAUUUAGGAAUAAGCUGCAUCAACCUAGGAGCAUACAGAGAGGCUGUCAGCAAUUUUCUCACUGCUCUCAGUUUGCAAAGGAAGAGCAGGAACCAACAGCAGGUUCCCCAUCCUGCUCUGUCAGGCAAUAUUUGGGCAGCGCUCCGAAUUGCUCUGUCUAUGAUGGACCAACCAGAACUCUUCCAAGCUGCCAAUGUGGGUGAUCUAGACAUUCUGCUAAGAGCUUUUAACCUAGAGCCAUAAAAAAAAAUAUCCACAAAGCGAUUAAGCUGCAUUAGGAACUAGAGAACUCUUCUAUGACUUAUUUCAAAAUGACCAUGUUUUCCAAAAGAUCGUGGCUGAGCAUCAGUAGGGAAACUCUCCUGGACAUGACUCCAAAAAGAGAAGUUCGAAAG